AUGACAUCUGGGCGCAACAGUCUGGAUUUGGAGACGGGCGUGUUCCUCAGAGGAAAUGUGUCCAGGCCCAAUGCAGAGCUCGUGCAAGAGAUGGCCGUGUACGCAGCAGUCUACUACAACCUACGCUCCACCGAUGAGUUCGCCUACAAAGUGACUAAGGUUGUGGACGUGCAGACCACGAUUAACCGAGGCGUAGUGUACUCAAUGGAUGUCCUGCUGGGCCGGACACACUGUCCGAACGGGAGAACACCCAACCUGGAGUCCUGUGCGCUGUUCAGCUCGCCUCCUGAAGCUCAGACUCUAAGGUGCCACUUUGUGGUCCUCAACGACCUUCUGGAUGACCAGAAGCGCCUGCUGGACAGCAGCUGCACGGCGACCACUCAGUAA